AUGAAAAACUUGGAUCAGCUGCGAAAUUGUGGCUGGUACUGGGGGCCACUGACCUAUGAAGGAGCUAAGGCAUUACUGGACACUAAACCAGAUGGAUCAUUUCUACUUCGUGACAGUUCUGAUGAUUGUUACAUUCUAAGUUUGUCUUUCAAGUCCAAUGGAAAAGUUUAUCAUACAAGAAUGGAACACCACAAAGGUCUUUUCAGUUUCUCCUCCCAGCCUGAAUCCCAUCAAAGGUGUAUGAUCAAAGACUUUAUGGAACAGGCUAUGCAGAACUCUGAAGAUGGAAAAUUCCUCUACUUCUUGCAAGCCCCAGGACCAGGUAUGCCACCUGUGCCCAUCCGCCUGCUUCAUCCUGUUUCAAGUGACGCUGAUCCAAAUCCUAUCUUCCCACUAACAAAUCGGCAACUUCUUGUCUCCAUUUUUUUCUUUCCUCCCUUCUCUUUUUCUUACACAACCACCCAACUCUUCAACCCUAAUUCCAGACUUUGGACUUAUUGA